UCCGCCGUUCGCGGAUCUGCCGAUUGUAUAAAUAGUUUGCAUCGCCCAACAGUCAGGCAGAAGCGAUUCAAAGCUUGUGUUGUAGACAUCAUGAAAUUCCUGGCUGUUUUCUUUGCCGUCGUGGCCUGCGCCUAUGGCGAUGUUUCCCAUCUGGGUUACGACUACUCUCCCCCGGCACCCGUCCAGGUGUACCAGCCAGCCCCGGCUCAGGUUUAUCAGCCAGCUCCAGCUCAGGUGUACCAGCCAGCUCCAGCUCCGGUCUACCAGCCAGCUCCAGCUCCGGUCUACCAGCCAGCUCCAGCUCCGGUCUACCAGUCCGCACCAGCACCCAUCGAGAUCCAAGCUCCAGUCGAGAUCCAGGCUCCAGUUGAGAUCCAGGCACCCAUUGAGAUCCAGGCUCCUGCUCCAGUCAACAGCUACAUUCCCCCUGCAGCACCAGCACCAGUUGUGAUCCAGGCACCCGCUCCGGUCUACCAGCCAGCUCCCGCUCCGGUCUACCAGGCAGCUCCCGCUCCGGUCUAUCAGCCAGCUCCCGCUCCGGUCUACCAGCCAGCUCCUGCCCCAGCACCCAUCCGCAUCCCAGCUCCCGCGCCCGUGCAGUCUUACAUUCCUCCCGCACCAAUCUCGAUCCCAGCACCAGCUCCGGCUGCAGUGUACCAGCCAACUAGCCAGCAGGUGCUCGAGGAGAUCGAGCCCCAGUCUGCCGAUGGCUACCGCUACAAGACCGUCCGUCGUCGCGUCUACCGUCGCCGCGUCUAAGUGCAGAACCCCAACCCCAACCCCAACCCGAACCCAAGCCAAACCAAAGCGAAUCGCAUCGAAAUGUUUCCUAACGAACUCCCCAGGGAGUUUGCAAUAAAGAAUUCCUCCUUCAACUUGUUAAACAAAAAGAA